AGGGCGGAGUCGGCACUUCCGCGGGGCGGGGUCUGCCCAGUGCUGACGUUGGCAGCCGAACCCGGCCGGAGUAGUUCGAGGCUGCCGGCUGCGCUCUCCGGUUGUUGGACUCUUGCUUCUCGUCCCUGCGCCCCGCUCGCCCCCGGCGCGCCCCCCCCCCACACACACUCACCCAUCCUCUGCUGCUCGGACCGCUGUGGUUGGCGGCUGCCCGGCGCUCCGGUGCUCCCAACACUCGGGCAUCCCAGGCCCGGUGACUGUAGGUGGCGUAAAGCGCCGCGAACGGAGCCUCCCGGCGGCCCGGGAGCGGCGAACGAGCGAGUCCGAGGGGUUCCUAGGGCAGGUGGCGCCGCGAAGAUGGUCGCCAAGCAGAGGAUCCGGAUGGCCAACGAGAAGCACAGCAAGAAUAUCACUCAGCGCGGCAACGUCGCCAAGACCUCGAGAAAUGCCCCCGAAGAGAAAGCGUCGGUAGGACCCUGGUUAUUGGCCCUCUUCAUUUUUGUUGUUUGUGGCUCUGCAAUUUUCCAGAUUAUUCAGAGUAUCAGGAUGGGCAUGUGAAGUGACUGACCUUAAGACGUUGCCAUUCUCCUGUGAAUUUUAGCUUGAACUCAUUCCUGAUGUUCGCUGCCCUGGUUACAAACAAUUGAGUAAAUCGUCCUGCCUCAGAAUGACGUUUUCAUAUCAUUCUUCACGUGGCAUUCCAAGGUUUCUUCAAGAGCCAUUCCAGGUUUUCCAGUCCAUACCACAGUGCCUUGCAAAAGCACCACACGAAUAAGCAAUAAAAUUUGAUUAUUAAGCUCCAA